CGUGUACGUCUCGGAGCAGUUGGUUUAAUAGUUUAAGUCAUCAGGAAUUUUUCGUGGAUUACGAACAUAGAUCCAUUUCGCUAAAAUGCAGAGGGAGGACAAACCCAGCCUGCUGCUCUCCUUCCACACUGAGCUCAAACAAGAAUCACUGGAUUCUGAUUGUGAAGCUCAGUGGGCAUUGGGAGAUUCAGAGAUGACAUCAGUAAAGCUGGAGGACAAAAGUCAAAAACUGGGGCUGAAUGUUACCAUUAAAGAUGAAGAGGAGAAGAAUGUGGUUAUCAUUAAUAAUGGAGAGGGAGAUUUACUCACUCAAGAUGGGAUUCCUGAGGUGGAGACACUUGGAGAGAAACAACAGGAAGACUACAAUCAUAAGAAGUCUCACCACUGUCCCCAUUGUGAAGAACAUUUCUCAUCUCUAUCACUGUUAAAAAAACACAUUAAGAUACAUACUGGUGAUAAGCCUUACUCCUGUUCUGACUGUGGGAAUUGUUUCUCUCGAUUAGGUAACCUUAUAGUUCACCAGCGCAUACAUACUGGUGAUAAACCUUACUCUUGUUCUGACUGUGGGAAGUAUUUCUCUCGAUUAGCUUACCUUACAGUUCACCAGCGCAUACAUACUGGAGAGAAGCCUUACUCCUGUUCUGACUGUGGGAAGGGUUUUAUCUCAUCAUCUGUACUAACUAGACAUCAGAGAGUGCAUACUGGUGAUAAGCCUUACUCCUGUUCGGACUGCGGGAAGUGUUUCUCUCAAUUAGAUUACCUUAAAAUUCACCAGCGGAUGCAUACUGGUGAUAAGCCUUACUCCUGUUCUGACUGUGGGAAGUGUUUCUCUCGAUUAGGUAGCCUUAAUGUUCACCACCGCAUACAUACUGGUGAUAAGCCUUACUCCUGUUCUGACUGUGGGAAGUGUUUCUCUCGAUUAGGUAGCCUUAAUGUUCACCACCGCAUACAUACUGGUGAUAAGCCUUACUCCUGUUCUGACUGUGGGAAGUGUUUCUUAAAAUCAUCUGUUCUUGCUACUCAUAUAAGACUGCACACGGGUGACAAACCUUACUUCUGUUCUGACUGUGGAAAGUGUUUUAUCUCAUCAUCUGUACUAACUAGACAUCAGAUAGUGCACACUGGUGAUAAGCCUUACUCCUGUUCUGACUGUGGGAGGUGUUUCUCUCAAUUAGAUUACCUUAAAGUUCACCAGCGAUUGCACACAUGAGAAACCUUUCUCAUGUUCUGACUGUGGGAAAUGUUUCUCUCGAAUGGAUUACCUUAAAGCUCACCAAUGCACACACACUGUGAGGGAAUAAAUUAUUUGAUCCCCU